AUGGAAAACACAAAGGUUGCUAAGAAAGAUCGCAAACUAAAAGUCUCGGCUCUCUGCCAGCUUUGCCACGGCAGAAAAGCCGUGAUGAAAAGACCUAAAAACCUCCAGAAACUUUGCAAAGAGUGUUUUUUCUUGGUCUUCGAAACCGAGAUUCACAAUACCAUCACGGCUGCCAAGCUCUUUUAUCCAGGAGAGGCAGUGGCCAUCGGCGCCUCCGGAGGUAAGGACUCCACAGUACUAGCGUCUAUAUUGAAAACAUUAAAUGAGCGUUAUAACUAUGGCUUGAGAUUGGUGCUUUUGUCGAUCGACGAGGGCAUCAAAGGUUACCGGGACGAUUCGCUCGCCACCGUGAAAAGAAACCAACAGCAGUAUGAUAUGGACCUUGAGAUCGUCUCGUAUAAAGAGCUUUACAACUGGCUGAUGGAUGAAAUCGUGUCGUGCGCCGGCAUUCGAAGCAGCUGCACGUACUGCGGCGUCUUGAGACGCCAGGCGCUCGAUAGAGGUGCCGCGAAGCUUGGCAUACAUCAUGUGGUCACGGGACAUAAUGCAGACGACAUGGCAGAGACGGUGCUCAUGAAUAUUUUACGAGGCGACACUGCAAGAUUGGAGAGCUCAUGCACCAUUCUCACGCAAUCUGCCGGCUCGCCUAUCAAAAGGUCAAAGCCCUUCAAGUACAUGUACCAGAAGGAAAUCGUGCUUUAUGCCCACUACAAAAAAUUGGACUAUUUUUCGACGGAAUGCACGUACGCGCCCGAGGCUUUCCGAGGCACGGCCAGAGAGCUUCUCAAAGGGUUGGGCGCCAUACGCCCCUCAUGCAUCAUGGACAUUAUUUAUAGCGGCGAGCAUCUUGUUCUCUCCAAAAAGAAAAAGGUCACCAAGAAAUACAAGAACGGCGGGAAAACAAAAGCACAGACAAAGAUGCAGUCCGGGGAUGUGGACGAACCCCUGGGGAAUGAAAAGAAGCUUGCUGUCGAUCAGGAGCAGCAGAUCAAUCCAGACGGGUCUGUAAGCUUGGGCCGGGCCAAGACCAACGACGGCAAUACAUGCGAAAAAUGCGGCUACAUUACCUCCAACCGGAUAUGCAAGGCGUGUAUUCUUUUGGCCGGCUUAGAGAUGAAUAGGGCAAAGGUGUCGAUCGAAAGCAGUGUGGAUGGGGCAGCCAAGCUCGGAAAGACGCUAGAGCAGCUCAGUUUCUAA